CUUUCCUCCGUGCCAAUAUUGUAAUUACGUCAUUUUGUAGACUUCAUUGCAUGUUUGGUCCCCACAAAGUAGCAAUUUUUCACUUAGUGCAUUCUUAUCAGAAACUUGGAUAAUGCAUGGUUGGCUUAACCAUUCUUCUCUAUUUAUAGAGUUGUCAACAUUGAAAUAGAAGAGCUCUAAAAAGAAAUAUUGGCGAUUGAGGGGGGAAGAAACAAUGGUACUGCAAACGGUGGAGAUUCUGAGAAGUGAGAUUCCCUUUGAUGAGGAGUCGGUUUUCAUAUCCGACGAUGUCAAGGCUGGAUUAGUUCUCGUAGACAUCAUUAACGGCUUCUGCACCGUUGGAUCUGGUAACCUGGCCCCAAGAGAACCCAACAGGCAGAUUUCUCAGAUGAUUGAAGAAUCACAAAAACUUGCGAAAGUGUUAUGUGACAAGAAAUUGCCUGUGCUUGCCUUCCUUGAUUCGCACCCACCUGGAAAACUCGAGCAUCCUUAUCCUACACACUGCGUCGCUGGAAGCGAUGAGUCGAAGCUGGUUCCUGCUCUAAGUUGGAUCGAAGAAGAGCCGAAUGUGACAAUUAGGCGCAAAGAUUGCUAUGAUGGCUACCUGGGAUCGAUUCAGGAGGAUGGCUCCAAUGUCUUUGUUGACUGGGUGAAGAGCAACAAGAUACAAACUCUGUUGGUGGUAGGCAUCUGCACAGACAUAUGUGUGCUGGAUUUUGUCUGCUCCACAAUAUCAGCUAAAAACCGUGGCUUCCUGGAACCCCUCGAGGAUGUUGUGGUGUACUCCAAAGGUUGUGCUACUUUUGAUAUUCCAGCUUCACUGGCAAGAAACAACAAAGAUCUAUUAGCUCAUCCCCAGGAGAUGAUGCAUCAUGUAGGGCUUUACAUGGCAAAGGGAAGAGGCGCCAAGAUUGCAAGUGAAGUGUCAUUCCAUGGUUUGAAGAACCUGUGAAGUACCUGAAAAUUUACGAGGCUGGCAUUCUGUAGCCAUCUUCAGCAUCGUGUAAUCAAUGGAUUCGCUGUUUUAGUUUAUACAUGAUGAAUAAACGAAAACUGUAGUAUGAAUUUAAUAAAUAAUUCCCAGGCUUACAAGUUACAUCGUA